CUUUAAACGCAUUACUGUAUAGUGACAAAAUGGAGGAGUUUUGUAUAAUAUUGCAAAGUACAAAGCAUAGGAAUAUGUAAUAUAAUUUUCGCAGUAAAAGGAAACGUUCUGAAGUAAUUUUUCUAUUUUUUUUUUAUACAAUUUUUGUGAUUGACCAUUGAGAACAUACAUACUGCGUACUAUUUUAAAAUUUUUAUAACCUAUUCUUUUCCAUUUGUAUUUCUUGUAAUUUCAUAUUUUGAUUUUUGCAUACAAUGGUAGAAGAAAUUGUUAAUUCUGCUAAUAAACCAAAGAACAAAACUACUAGACCACGUCCAGUUUAUUUAUGGAAUGUGUUAGAUGUACAAAAAUGGUUAAGGAGGCAUUGUAGUGAUUAUUAUCAAUUGUAUCAUGAAAAAUUUCUUUAUCAUGAUAUCACUGGGAGGGUUUUGCUUAGAAUAAAUGAAAAUAUUCUAUUGAGACUUGGAAUUGAUAAUGAGCAACACAGAAUGGAUAUUUGGAGAGAAAUAAUGAAAUUACGUCUCAAAACAGAUAUGUUAGAAAUUAAAGAUAUUGAACGGCGUAACAAUAUGAAUUUUGAUUAGUGAAUUGCUUGACAUAGGACUAUAUUUUUUACAACAGCUUAUACAAAAUGAUAUCUUUUUUUAAUAUUAUAAUGUUAGCAAUUUUUUUAAACCAAAUGUAUUAAGUGAAUAUACUUUGUCUUAGUUAAGAUUAAUACUGAUUCUGUUAUUAUGAAUUAGAGAUAAAUAUAGAUAUAUGGGAAUAAAAUGUUAUAAAACAGAAUUUGAUUUUGUAGUAUCCUUUUAUUGUUAUUUUUUAAGGAAAAUAAUGAAUUUUAUUCUAUAACUCUUCAUCAUAAAACAAAAAUUAUAUUGAAGUUAUUUA